AUAGCCACUCAUUAACCUGCAGCUUUGAUAUGAGAAAGACUUCAACUGCCCUGGCAAUGAAAGGGUGGCACUAAGACAGACCAAGAACACCCGCAUUCCUAGCAAGUCCAACUAUUUCCUUCAAGCCAGGUGUGUGUCUGGGUGCAGAGUGUGGCUGUCCCUUGCCAUAGAACAUGUGCUGGGCUGGAGAUCUCAAGACAUGCUGCUGACAUCAUCACUAGAAGUCUUCUCAGAUUCCUCUGCUCUUUAUAACAUCAGGUGCUUGCUUACAACACAGGCUUGAACUGACUUGUUCCUGGGUGUCUGAGAACUGUGUUUACUAAGAAGUUGUUGAAGACAUGUCUUCAGAACCUCCAAGGACUGUGACUCUCUGACUCAGGACUGAUCCAGAGCAGACCAUGGAUGUCACACACUCCGACAUGUCAAGCUGCCCACUAGUAGGGAGUGACAGUCAGCCUGAAGUGAAGACAGACAGACCAAGGGUGAUAUUAAAAAGUGGCCACAGCAAUGUAAAAAUUGACAAAGUUGAAGGAGUUUUUCUUCUGUACCUUCAAGACUUAUGGACAACUGUCAUUGACAUGAAAUGGAGGUAUAAACUCACCUUGUUUGCCGCAACCUUUUUAGUGACAUGGAGUUUUUUUGGAGUAAUUUAUUUUGUCAUAGCCAUCGUCCAUGGAGAUGUACAAAGUGAUCCGUCUUCCAACCACACUCCUUGUGUAAUGAACGUUGACUCCUUCACUGGUGCCUUCCUUUUUUCUCUAGAGUCACAGACCACAAUUGGCUAUGGCUUCCGGUUCAUCACUGAAGAAUGCCCAGUGGCUAUAGUCUUGCUUGUGAUACAGUUGGUCCUAACCACUUUGAUUGAAAUUUUCAUCACGGGUACUUUCCUUGCCAAAAUUGCCAGACCUAAAAAACGGGCAGAGACUAUAAAAUUCAGUAAUAAAGCAGUUAUUACAAAACAUAAUGGGAAGAUGUGCCUGGUGGUACAAGUGGCAAAUAUGAGGAAGAGUCUUUUAAUACAAUGUCAACUCUUUGGAAAACUUCUUCAUACAUAUGAAACCAAGGAAGGGGAGAAGAUCCUACUGAAACAAGCCAAUAUGAGUUUCCAUGUUGACUCUUCUUCUGAAAGUCCCUUUUUAAUCUUGCCGUUGACCUUCUACCACGUUCUUGAUGAGUCCAGCCCACUAAAAGAUCUGACCCUCGAUAAUAUAAAGACUAAAGACUUUGAACUUGUUGUUCUUCUCAAUGCCACAGUGGAGUCUACCAGCGCCGUCUGCCAGAGUCGAACAUCUUAUCUUCCAGAGGAGAUAUUCUGGGGUUACGAAUUCGUUCCCGUUGUCUAUUUGUCCUCCCAAGGGAAAUAUGUUGCCGAUUUCAGUAAUUUUGAUAAAAUCAGGAAGAAUGUAGAAGUACAAAAUAUAUACCUUUCAAAUUUCGAGAAGCAUAAAUUGGAAGAGGAAUUAAGGCAGCAGGAGGUACAGAGAGAGAUAAACAAUUUCACGGUGAUGUCAAUACAAAGCAAUGUUUGACAUAUCAAUGUAUUGAAUUUUAACUGUCUGUGGAGAAUGCCCAGGCUGGUGACCCCUUGCAGUUUUUUUCUUAAUUAUUUUCAUUGUAAACUUCUUAGAAGAUUUCCAUUUGUAGACUUGAAGACAUUAGGCCUCAUGCACAUGGCCACAUGGAUCCAUGUUGUAUGGGUCCGUAAUACAGUACGCAUAGGACUCCUUGUGCCACCGUCCCAGGUCCGGGAAUCUGUGCACGUGUUCCAUUUGUAAACUUGAAGACCCUUAGGCCACAUGCAAAUGGCCAUAUUAUGGAUACUUGUUGUAUGGAUCCAUAGUUGAAUACUCACAGCAAUCCAUGGGCCCGUGAGCCCGUUUUCCUUCAGAGUGAUACAUGGUGUGUGUUUUUUCUCGUAGAUUUGUAUGGAAUCCAUGAGAAAAUUUAUUGUGACGCGUUUUACCACAAGCCAUAUUUUGGAAGUAUUCUCUCCUAAAAACAAUGCACAGUGCCCAAUGGAGAUACGAUGGAGCCUCUAUAACAUAGAACUAUUGGGCCUUCGUGUGCCGCUUUCCAAGGUCUGGAAGAGUUGGAGCACACAGCUUUGUCAUAUGCAUAUGGUCAUAGACGGACCAAAUGAAACAUCUAAAACUACAGUUAAACAAAAAUACUACACUAGUUUUCAACAUAAUACGAAAUUAUUCUGUACAUUCUGAUUAAGAUGUAUCUUUUUUGUAAGGAACUGAUGGAUCUACAGUUCUCACUUCUUACUGAUCCUCUAUGUUCUAGGUUCUCAACCUGUGGUACAUGUACCCCAUGGGGUAUACACCAAACCUCCAGGGGGUGCAUUUAGGGAAGGCAUCACAGUGUGAGGCUGUUAGAGGAUAACUGGCUUAGAAAAGCUUAGAAACACUUUGUUAUGUUGGGUCAUAUUUAAUAUUGGGAACAAAUUGUAUAUAAGAAGUUAAAGGGCAUCUGUCAGCAGUUUUGCACCUAUGACACUGGCUGACCUGUUGCAUGUGCUCUUGGCAGCUCAAGGCAUCUGUGUUGGUCCCAUGUUCAUAUGUGCCCGC